UCCACCUAGCUCAAGAGCGGCUUUAUAAACACUUCUAGCAGCGCUACAAGACAAGAAACGUCGAGUUCAUCUCUGAGAAAGAAACUCCAAAUAAGGAAGGACACGUGCUAAAAAUGAAAUUGUUGCUGAGCUUCUUACUGACGGUGGCCAGCGUCUCAAGCGUGCAGACGGACUCCCUGAAGAGCUGGAAUCUGGGCCGUCAGCACUCAGGUUCCAGGUGUCAGAAUGGAGGAACCUUCAUUUCCUUACGUUAUCAGCGGGGGUACUGUGAAUGCCCCAAAGAAUUCAGCGGGGCGGAGUGCGAAAUCAGCCAACCAGGACAGUUGGGGGUGAAAGAAUGGGGUGAUAUAGCUCAGGAGUGCUUCACUGGUGAUGGGAGGGACUACAGAGGCACGAUUGCCCGAUCAGAGAGCGGGCAAACGUGUCUGCACUGGGACUAUAUCACAAAGACAUAUGGAUAUGGACCUGUUGUAAGAAAUGCAAAGCAUAACUACUGCAGGAAUCCAGACCAGCGUGCCAGGCCUUGGUGCUGGGUUCGGUCAGGUCGGAGAGUCACCGCAAAAUUCUGCAAUGUCCCAGUUUGUGAGGAGGAAUUGAUGCUCGAGUCAUGUGGAAAGAGACCCCAGAAGCAGUUUAAAGUGGUUGGAGGGAUGAAAACCACAGUGGAGUCCCACCCCUGGAUUGCGUCCAUCUUCCAGAGAGUCCGCACGUCCCGGAAAUCCGUCUUCCUGUGUGGGGGCACACUUAUCGCCCCCUGCUGGAUACUUACAGCUGCGCACUGCUUCCCCGAUGGAGCGGCGACCAGCGUCAACCGGCUGUCCGUCUUCCUGGGAAAGAACGCUCUCAACGAGACCGACGACGAGAGAGAGCAGCGGUUCAGCGUCACCACAGUCAUCCCUCACAAGGGGUUCGAUAACCGCCAGGGGAGCUACAACAACGACAUCGCGCUGUUGCAGAUCCGCGGGAGUUCGGGACAGUGUGCGAAGCGGACCGAGUCGGUGCUCACCGCCUGCCUGCCCCCAGAACACCGGAUGUUGCCUCCGGGGGUAUUCUGUGAUGUGGUGGGGUACGGAAAGGAAAGCGAGAGACUCUGGUACAACUCCCAAUACCUCAGAGAAGCCAAGGUGAAGCUUCUGCCUCAGGACGUCUGCACGGAAAAGGAUUACUAUGGGAGUCUGGUCACCAAAAACAUGUUUUGUGCUGGCAGUCCAGACUGGAGCAAAGACGCUUGCAAGGGAGACUCAGGGGGACCGCUGGUCUGCGAGGUCAGCGACCGCAUGUUUCUCUUCGGCGUAGUCAGCUGGGGGGAAGGCUGUUCCAGAGAGCGCCGGCCAGGCGUCUACACCAGGGUCACCAACUACAACCGAUGGAUCAAAGAGAACACCGGACUCGCCUCAAUCACCACCGGAUCCAUGUACCCCCAAAAGUGAACCCCAACCCCGUCCCCUCCUGCCCCCGAACUCGCCCCCCCCUCGAUCCCUCCUGCC